AAUGUAUAUAGCAUCAGUCUCACCUCUCAACAUAACCUAGAUUUGAGUAAGAGCUGAGAGAUUUCUUCAAAUGGUGAGAAAAUCAAUGGAUCUCAUUGAGAAAGAGAGUGGGGAGGAGUUGUUCCAUGCUCAAGCUCAUAUAUGGAACCAUAUAUUUGGCUUCAUAAACUCUUAUUCACUUGGAUGUGCAGUUCAGCUAGGUAUACCAGACAUUGUUCACAACCAUCACCAACCCAUCACCCUCUCUGAACUGGUCAUGAAGCUUGCCAUCCCAAAGACCAAGACUGCUUGUCUGUUUUGCCUCAUGCGCUUAUUGGUGCACUCUUGUUUCUUUGCAACUCGAGAAGUCUGCAAAUAUCAGGAAGAAGAAGAAGAAGGGUAUGUGCUCACACCUUCUUCUAGGCUUCUCCUUAAGGAUAAUUCCAAGAGUUUGUCACCCUUCGUGCUAGCAAUGCUUGAUCCGAUAUUGGUGACACCUUGGAAUUUCCUUGGUGCUUGGUUCCAGGGGGAUGGUCUUAAUCCAUUUGAGACCGCACAUGGAAGGAAGUUAUGGGAGUAUGCAGGAGAAGACAUUGAGUUCAACAAAUUCUUCAACGAAGCAAUGGCAAGCGAUGCUAGAUUGGUGAUGAGUGUGGUUGUUACAGAGUGUAAGGUUGUGUUUGAAGGGUUAAAGUCAUUGAUUGAUGUAGGAGGUGGCACUGGAAUUGUGGCUAAGACCAUUGCUGAAACCUUCCCAAGCUUGAAAUGUUCAGUGUUUGACCUACCACAUGUGGUUUCUACUUUGGAAGGCAAUGAGAACCUAAAUUAUAUUGCAGGUGACAUGUUUGAGUCAAUCCCUCAUGCAGAUGCAGUUCUACUCAAGUGGAUUCUACAUGACUGGAAUGAUGAGCAAUGCAUAAAGAUGUUGAAGGGAUGCAAAGAAGCGAUCUCAAGAGGGGACAUGAAAGGAAACUCGGGGAAGGUGAUCAUCAUAGACAUGGUGGUUGAAGAUAGGAAGGUAAAGCAUAAGUCAACAGAAACCCAGCUCUUCUUUGAAAUGUUAAUGAUGACUAUGAAUGAUGGAAAAGAAAGGACCGAGAAAGAAUGGGAGAAGCUUUUCUUGGAGUCAGGAUUUACUCGCUAUAAGAUCACUCCUCUCUUGGGCUUGAAGUCUCUCAUUGAAGUCUACCCUUAGUAGGCUCUACAUGAAUUGGUGGUUAUAAGGUUUUUUGGUCAAAACAUUUUAGAUGUUGU